ACCUUUUUUUUUUUACAAUUGUUAGAAGCAUUCAUAUUCAAUUAACUUGAAAAUGACCAAAGAAAUUGUUGUUGUUGGUGCCGGUGUAAUCGGCCUUUCAACCGCUCUCGCCAUUUGUGAAAGAUCCAAACAGGAUUCCACACAUGUUACUGUGAUUGCACGCCAUUUCCCGGAUGACUCAAACUAUGAUCCUGAGUACACUUCUCCGUGGGCUGGGGCACAUUUCCGACCAUUUCCUAGUAAAAAUCCACAAGAAUGGGAAGAACUGAAGCUUACCAGAAUCACGCAGAAAUAUUUUAGAAAGUUAGCCAUCAAUUGUCCCGAGUCAUCCGUUCAGUUUAUCAUUGGAGAGGAUUCAUUGGAGGACCCUGACAAGUACUAUCAAGAUUUGGCAAAAGGUUACACGGAAGAUAUAGAAGAUUUUGAAAUUUUACCAGCAGAAAUAGCCAAUACCAGAGGAGCCAAGCUUGCCACUAGGUAUAAGACUUGGGUGCUUAACCCACCCAUUUAUUUGAAUUAUAUUCUUAGAAGACUUCGUUUGGAGUAUGGCGUUGAUUUUGUUAAAUCACCGGUUUUAAGUAAUUUGAAACAAGUAUUUGAAGUUACUAAUGUAAAACCUUCCGUUGUGAUAAACUGCACUGGUAAUGGCCUUCAAUAUGAUGGUGGCCUUGAUCCUGAAUCAUUUCCAAUUAGAGGUCAAACGGUAUUGGUGAGACCUCCUUUACCUUUAGCUGACGGACCAUAUCAUGCAAGAACUAUCACUCAUCAACUGAAAGAUGGUAAAUGGACAUUCUGUAUCACGCGACCAUUCUGCGGAGGAACCAUUAUAGGUGGUACUAAACAAGUCAAUGAUCUUUAUAAUAAGCCUAGAGAAAGUGAUACCAAGGAAGUGCUUGAUAGAGCAGCAAAGAUUUUCCCUGAGUUAAUGAAAACUGACAAGGAUGGGAAGAAAUAUUUUGAUGUGUUCCAAACAAACGUUGGGUUCCGUCCUGCCCGUAAUGGAGGAUUUAGAUUAGAAAGAGAAAAUCAUGGAUCUCACAAGAUUAUACAUGCGUACGGCGCUGGUGGAAUGGGAUAUGAACUUUCUUAUGGUGUUGGUACAAAAGUCCAUGAACUCUUAGUGGAAGCCCUUAAUGAAUCCCUGAGACUUUAAGAUUUUAGACCUUACAAAUAUCACAUUUUACUAGGUUUCGAAUAUUAUUUUAAUUAGUGUUUUUAUUUUAGAGUAUUAAAAAGAA